AUGUUACGUCAACGUUGUACUCGCAUAAUAUUCAAACAAAUUUUUGAGCAUAAAAGUGUUUAUAGACCGUUACAGGUUAACGUGGUACGUUCGUUUUAUGAUAACUAUGAAGCUAUCAAACACUUUAUAAAGUAUUUACGUAAACGACAAGUUACUGUUGGAACGAAAGCAGAAGCUUAUGGCAGACACGUUUACGGUCCACCACUAGGAAUGCUUACAAAGACAGAUGCACCUAAUAUGUCUGAUUUUCUUGUAUUACGUCUACAACAUUGGUGGAGACGUCAAAAAGAUAAUUAUAAGGAAUAUAUCGAAAAAGAACAAUAUAAAAAAUAUAUCAUAGCAGGUCCAAAUUUGGCAGCAGCUAAAUUUGUUAUAGAGUGUAGUGGUAAAAUAAGGUUAAAAAAUCACAAUGAAUGGAUAGAUAAAACUAAGAAGAGUGAAAUUUCAAAAUUCCCAAAAGAAUAUGAUGAAAACUUUAUUUUAGAGGAAAUAGAUUUCAAUGGAUAUCCUAUACGAUAUGAAAAUCUUGAUUUUAUUUUUAAUCUCUAUGAUUUAAGAACACUAAGCUUCAGAGGUUGUAAAACAAUUAAUGAUUGGUCAUUGGAUAAAUUGUCUGUAGAAUUUCCAACUUUAGAGCAUCUUGACAUAUCAGAAUGUGAAAAUGUAACAGAAAGGGGACUAGAAGCACUAUAUAGAAUGCCUAACUUGAAGAAAUUAACUGUAACUAAUUUCCAUGGAUCUGCAGCAUUCGAAUUAACUUGUUUCUUUUUAGAAGAUGUCAAUCCAUAUCUAAAAUGUGAAAUUCAAGAACCAAAAUACAAAUGUUUAUCUGAAAAAUAAUAUAUAUGAGAAAUUUAAUUAAUAAUAAUAGUAUAAUAUACUUUUUAAAGUAUAAAUUGCUAUGUAAUGUAAAAUUGCAGUAUUUAUAUAUUACACGUUUUGCGCAAAAACUAAGAGUGUUUUAUCAAUUUAUUUUUUUCUCUGCGUCUUUUUACAUAAUGUAAUUCUGCUUUGUUUGUGAUUCCAUAAGCUUUUAUAUUUUCAUUGUCAUUUAUUAAUCUAACAUUUUCAAAACAUAGAUGAUACUUUUUCCAAAUAUGUUUCCAACUUAUCUUUUUUUUAACUUUCUCCCUCUUCAGAGAUAAAUUUGUAUGUCGUUUUAUAGCUUUCUUGAGAUCUAGGACUGUAGUGUGGUGAGGGGGUACCUAAAAUCAUAAAGAAUCAACUUAAAAUAAUUCAAAAAUUGUUAUAGAUUAUUUUCCUAAUUUUUCUUUAUUUUACUUAUCAAACAUGGUAAAUGCUAUAUGCAAACAAUAUCAAAUGUAUAAUAACGUAAUACAAAAUAUAAAAAAUAUAUAAAAAGUUAUUUGAAAAAUGUUUCACCACAAUUCCAAGUUUUGGUAAUUCUCCACGAUUCAAAUACAAAGUUAUCGCUUGUCCUUGUGCAACUGCAAUUUGAGCUUUAAGUUCUUCGAUAGUAACAUCCGCCGGUAGACCAGAAAGUAACGGAUCACUUUCAAUUAUAUUACGAAUAGCUCCUUUUGUUAGCUUCACUAAUUCAUCAUGAUCAAGUUCUGUGCAUUUAUCAAUUAUUUCUUCUUUUUCAAUUAAAUUAUUUUCCUGCUCUUCUUUUGAUUUAGCAUUUUGAAAUGUACACUGAAUUUUAUCCAUAAUUUCUAUAUAUCGUGAUUGAAAAUACUGUAAACAUUGAAUGCAUAAAAAAGAUAUUAAAUAAUAAUAAUAUUAAGACUUCGUGCUUUGUGUAAAUCUUAUAAUAUUCUAAGUUGUAUCGUUUUGUGUGUGUGUGUGCGCGCGCGCGCACGUGUGUGUGUGUGUGUGUGUCAGUCAAAAUGUGCACAUAUAAAUACAUAAAAUACCUGUUAUACGUAGAAAACAUUGAGAAGCGGUCGACUUCCUUUCACACGGACUUGACGCAUGCGCAAAUAGUAUUUAUUAGUGCAUUGAGGGCGCGGUUGUCACCGAUCAAUCUCGGUUGCAUUUAUAUGUGUGUGUAGUUAUGUGUAUGUAUGUGUGUAUGUAGUUCAUCCUGAAAUUUUGUGGAUAUAGCGCGCGAUACUUAGCUACGUUGUGUAAGUUCUGUUACAUUUCGAUAUUUGUCAAAGUGUGGUGAUUAUUCGUUAUAAUUGUACGAUUGAA